CCCUCCCAUAAGUCUCUACUUUCACUUCACCUUCUUUUCACUGUCACUCUAAAACCCUCAUUCACUCUCUUUCUUGCUCAAGAUGAUGAAGCUGUCGCGAUUGCUGCAACAAUCAAGUUUGUGUACAGCAAUCCUUUGGAAAUGUGAACUUGAUGAUGAUACUGAAGCUGUUUCAAACUUAUAUACAGUGUUUGGGAAGAAUUCACUUGGGAAGUCUAUUGAUGCUAGAGAUGUUUCAGCAUUGCAUGAUCUUACAUUUCGGGCCGGCAUUUCAACUUUCAGACAGGAUUUUACUAUUAAAGGGAGUUUUGAGCAACGAGUAUAUGCUCCUUAUUCCGUUUACAAGGGAAAAGCUGCACUCUCAGUUCAACCAGUUCUCCCAACUUUUUCUAAGUUGGAUUCUGGGCAUCUUAAAGUUGAGCGACGUGGUGUUAUAUUGUUAACUUUCUUGCCUGCCAUUGGUGAGCGCAAGUAUGACUAUGAAAAGAGGCAGAGCUUUGCUUUAUCAACGACAGAGGUAGGAUCUUUGAUAAGCUUGGGUCCAAAGGAUUCUUUUGAUUGCUUCCAUGAUCCUGGAAUGUUAUCAAGUAAUGCUGGUGAAGUGAGAAAGAGCUUGUCACUUAAGCCGCAUGCAGAAGGUGGUGGUUAUUUCAUAUCAUUAACUGUUGUUAACAACAUUUUGGGAACUAAUGACCGGUUUAGUGUUCCUCUCACGGCUGGUGAAAUUGCAGUUCUGAAGACCGCUUGCAGUUUCGCAUUGCCCCAUAUCAUGGGUUGGGAUCGGCUGACUGCUAAGACGCCCAGAAACAUAGUAGGAAAUCCGCCAAAAGUUGAUCGACAAAUGACUACUUUAGAGUGGGAUAGAUGAAGCCAUGCAUGUGCAAUGGAACGAUGUCUGCAAUGGUUGAUAGUCCCAUUUCUUUUUUUGUAGAUUAAGAGCAUAUUGACAUGGGCUUUCUUAAACGGUGCCAUCGUUGCAGUAACAUUUUAUAUUACUUGAAGUGUCUGCCUGCUUUUUGUAAAUGUCUACCUAAUGUCCUUUACUGCUUGCGGGUUUCCAUGUAAUAUUUUGUUUCAUCUGCUCGUUUAAUACUGGACUGGUGUAUACAAAACCCAGACUUAGUGGUUGAACUAGCAAUCCAAUGAACAGGCAGAACGAAAACUGGACUGAUUCCUGUUGGUAGCAACUGAAAUACAAGUUAGCAUCAGUUUUA